AUGUACGGCAAGUGGGCGCGCGACAUCAUCGUGCAGCUCUCGGUGCUGCAGGCCGUCGUCUGGUUCCCGCUGAUGCUCAUCGUCUUCGAGGCGAGGCAGGCCUGGCUGGAGGUGACCUCUGAGCCGGCUGAUCAAGGCGCGCGCGAAGAAGGCGAUCAGUCGGCGCUGGCCCAAGGCGCGCGCGAAGACGGCGGCCAGGCGGCGUUCGGGAGUGACGUCGAACGGCCAGCACAAGGUGAAAACGGCCGGAAGACGGUGGCGACGGGGUGCGCGUUCUGGGCGCCGCUGCUGCGAGCGGUCGGGGUGAAGCUCGCCCGCAACCCCAACGUGUACGCCAGCCUCCUUGGGGUCGCGUGGUCUUCCGUGGCAAACAGGUUUGCAUCAUUGCAUGUGCCAUGUUGCACAACAGAAUUAGCUAAUUAG